GCAGCCACAAGCAGCCGGCGCAGCAAUCUCAGGUACAAGAACGCAAGAGCUUGCUUCAGCGCCGGCUGCUCGCUGUUUUCUGUUUGACAUCACACGCAGCUUCAAGAGAAACGUGUCCGCAGAUAGACUUGUAUGAAAUAUUUACUUUUGUAUAGCUUGUCUUAUGCACCCGACCAACCCCACUCCCACUCCCACUCCCACAGACAGACUCGCCCGCACGCCCCUGAGACUUGUGUUCCGCGCUUGCUCAGCUGGUCCCGUGCACAGGAAAGCACACUUCUUGUAAAAAAACAUCAACAAAGAUGGCGGAGUCGAUUGCACUAGCGGGGGGUUUCGCUGAAGCAGAGAUGGAGCCCGGGGACAGCGAGCUGGACGAAGCAGAGAAUGUGUUCGAGGUGGAACAGAUCAUCGACAUGAAAAUAGAAAAGGGGGAAAUCACAUACAGAGUCCGGUGGAAGGGAUACACAUCGGAAGAUGAUACCUGGGAACCAGAGGCUCACCUGGAGAGCUGUAAGGAGGUGCUGCUUGCAUACCAGCGGAAACUAGCAGAAAACAAAGCGAAGGUUGCAAAGAGGGACAAUCAAAAGCUGCCAGGAAAAAACGACAUGUUUACCGAUUCAGACAGCGACAGCCCAAUAGAGGAAAAAGAAGAACGACGAAAGAAGAAAAAGAAGAACAAAAUCAAGGGGCCUGAUCCUUUACUAGAGAGCCUGAAGAAGAAGAAAAACAAGAAGUCUAAGCCUGAGAAAGUAAAUGAUCCAGAGAGGACCCAAUCAGAGGAUGUAGACAGUGAGCCCUCGACUCCUGUUCCUGUCAGUGAGAAUAAUUCUAAAGCCAAAAAAAGAGUGUUGGAAUCAGAGGAAGAACCAAAGGUCACAAAGAGGCAGAAGAAGGAUGAUCCAAAAGAAAGUGGAAAGCUUAAAAAGCACCCAAAUGAGGGGAAAAAAAAGCAGAGGGCCUUGAAAGAGCAUGAAACCAGCCAAGCAACAAAGUCGCAGCUGGUCACAGAUCUGUAUUCUGCAGAGUCCUCUCAGGAUGAGCAAGGAGAGGUUUCUACUGAACUGACUGACGUGUUGGCAGAUGAACCAGUCACUGAUGUACUGGAGCUUGGUUCUCCUGAGAAAGCAGCAACAGCAUCACUCAAGUGUGGGGAUACUUUUUCUUGCUCAGGAGAGAGCCCUGCAAAGCUGAAGGCAAAACAAAAGAAAAGUAAAACCCAGCAGGGUGGUGAGCACAGACUCAAACUGCAAGGUAUAAAGAAUCUCAUUCAGGAAAAGAAAGGAGUACGGGCACAAAGCAGCCAGAGCAAGAGAGAGAGCGUGCAGGAGAAACUCGGUUUCCUAAUGGAAACUAAAUCAGCCGACACAGCUGCAAAGACGCAUCAGGUUUCCAAAAGCGGUACAGACGAUGAGCCAGGCUUUCUGUCCUCUGACUCAAACGAGGGCGGUAGUGUGGUCAAGAGAAAAAUAAAAACCAAACCGCUUGAAUCUACCCCAAAGGUCAGUGCAUCAAAGGGCAAGGAGGAUAACCCUGCGGCAGACAAAGUCUCUUUACUGCUAACCAGGCAUGAGGACCCUGAAAAGGAAGAAACAUUCACGGCAAGUCUAUUUGAGAAAUUUUUAUUGAACUGUGAAGAAAAGGAUAGAGCCCCAAAGAGACAAAGCGUUUGUCCACCAUUAGUGACUGUGGAGGAGAAAGUGGAACAAUCUAAAGCAACACCAAAGACUCAAGUCAAGCCUGAGAAGAAGACUAAAACCACAAAGGAAGUAGUACCUGUUCAGAGACCAGAACCCGAGAGGGUGGAUAAAAGCAGAAGAGAGCCUAGAACACCAGACAAUGCCAAGCCUACAAAAGGGUGUUUUGAUGUUGUGAGUCCUCCUCAGGAGGGGGAUGAUGUCAGAGAAAGGUGCGAGAAGGCUGCUGUGAUGUCUCCAGGCUCCGAACCCCCCGAGGAGGCCCUGUUCAAGUGGAGUGGAAGUGCCCAGAGAGAGAGGAGGAGGAAGAGAGAAGAUAGCGAACCUCGGCUCUACAUUGCAUAUGAAGAUGAUCCUGAUGCCCAGGAUACUGUCUGUCAGCCUGAAAAGACUUCAGAUAGCAAAAAGCAAGUUCUAAGCCUGGGCGUUGAUCUUAAGCUGGAUUGGAUGACCUUGGAGGACUUUCAGAAACAUCUUAACGGAGAAGAUGAAAUUCUUUCUACCACAACUGUAUCUACCAGUCUACUUCGAGACUCUGUGAAAAAUGGAGACUACUUGACUGUGAAACUUGCACUAAACUCCAAGGAGGAUUAUAAUUUAGAUCAAGAGGACUCCAGUGGAAUGUCUUUAGCAAUGCUGGCAGCUGCAGGAGGACAGGAUGAUAUACUGAGACUGCUGAUAAAGAAAGGGGUAAAGGUUAAUGCUCGACAAAAGGCUGGAACCACCGCACUCAUGCAUGCUGCUGAAAAGAAUUUUUUGACUACUGUGGUUAUUCUUCUUGAAGCUGGUGCGCAUGUAAACGUACAACAGAUCAAUGGAGAAACAGCUUUAAUGAAGAUAUUCCAAAGCUGCACGUUGUGCCAGUGACAGUCGUGCCCCACCCUCAAGGGCAUAAAAGAGACUGCUGACACAGAAUGUCAUCAGAGAGAGAGAGGAGGGAGAGAUCUACUAACAGAUAAGUGAUGUAUAGUGUUAUAUCUGAUUGUUCGCUUGUGUUUAUCACUUAUUGCGAUUAGUACAAAUUACUUAACGUGUUAUGCACUCGGCCGCGGUUGUUCAUUUUGUGUGAGAAGAAAUAGUUUGUUGUAUUUUCAGUUUUUUAGCGCGGAAAUACAGGCGCUGCUGCUGGGCUCAGCUGUCCUGCAUUAACAGAGACACGCGUGCUGGGUCAAUCUGCUUGCAGCUUUUCCCACAGUCUCUAGCAGUUAGUUUGAAAACUAUUACGUCUCUAGCAGUAGGCUUUCCUUGGGUUUCGAUCUGUGGUUAGCCAAAAAGUGUUAUAGGUGGGCAUCCCUGUAUAGCUCCUGUGGUAACUGUAGGUCCCAGGCCUGCUUCCGUUCCCACCAAUUAAUCUUUCUGAUUCACUACUGGUCUGAUUGCUUGCAGUCCUUCCUGCAGUGUUUCAUGCCAUUCUGGUAUCUGCUUGCAGUGCCAUUGCGAAGGCUGUCACAGCUUGACAGCAGUCUUUCUCCUGUCUUUCGGCUGUGUUGUGUUAAGCCAACUAGGGAAAGUAGGAGAACAUCACGUAGGACACUGGCUUCACGAUCCUCCUCAUUUUCUCCUUUCCCCUCCCCUUCUCUGGUUUCCCCUCCUAAGAGGAGGAGGAGAAAGAGCCACUGGCCUCAUAGAUCGGAAAGUUUUGAGCAGCUGGAUAAGCUCUGGGAGGCGGUCUCCCAGCAGGGAAACCUGUUAGCGGAGCUGUUGCUUGUCUGCACAGCUGCACCUGCUCCAUCUGCACCGUUACAAUCACAGGGAGUAGUACACGCAGAAUAGCAGCAAGAGGAUCUGCUGUCUGUCGCUGCUUCUGAGGAGGCAGUUGAUCAAGAGUUCCCCUCUGAGGAGGGUGACUCAGAUGGUGCAACAUCAGUAGCACAUGUGUCAUUAUCAGCAGAGCUUUUCCCACUGAUUUAAGAGGGCCAUGGACGUUUUGAAUGUUCCACGGCCUAUAGAUGACAAGCAGAAACACUCAGUUUUUGAGGAUGAUCUCGUUCCCUCUCAGGUGUCUCCUCUGGCUCCUGCUAAAGUCAGAGUGGGUUUUCACAACUGCCCACCGGCUGUGCAAAGAGGAAACUUAAAUAAGUUCCACCGUCAAGCACAAAGGCAAAAGCCUCAGGCAAAGCAGCAGCCUUAGCAAUUUGCUGCCACAGACCCAGGGCCGUUUUUCAGGGAGUUAUGUGGAGUACUGGCGUCCAUGCAUCUCGGACACCUGGGUGCUCAAUACUGUACAGACCGGCUAUUCUCUGCAAUUCAAACACGGUCCUCCUCCAUUUCGGGGAGUGACUACAACGUAAGUCACGGAUCUGCGAGACUCAUUGGUGUUUUCUCAGGAGGUGACAGCCCUGCUGCAGAAGUGGGCUAUUUGCACAGUUCAUCCUGUUCACUUGGAAGAAGGGUUUUACUCCAGGUACUUCCUGGUGCCCAAAUGGGAUGGUGGCCUCAGACCAAUCCUCGAUCUCAGACAGGCCAACCCAUAUCUGAAUCGACGGAGGUUUAAAAUAUUAACCGUGCAGCAGUUGUUGCAGUCAAUAAGGCCAGACGACUGUUUCACUACAGUGGACUUAAAAGACACUUACUUUCACAUCCCGAUUAAAUCAGGGCACAAGGAAGUACCUCAGGUUCGCUUUCCAAGGGAGAGCGUACAAGUUCCGGGUUUUACCGUUCGGCCUCUUUUAGCCCCCCGUGCUUUUUUGAAAGUGCAUGGAAGCUAUUCUGGCUCCAUUGAGACUCCGGGGCAUCAGAGUGCUCAAUUACCUGGACGAUUGGCUCAUUUGUGCUCAAUCUCCAGCGCUGGUUCUCGCACGAAACUUGUCACAAACCACCUGCUUUGGUUAAGUCUGUCAGUGAGCUAUGCAAAGAGCCAGAUUACACCUUCGCAGACAGCCUCUUAUUUAGGAGUGCGUCUGGAUUCCUAGACCAUGUUGUCCACUCUGUCGGAGGACAGAAUGCAGAGAAUAGCUGCUUCUCUGAAGCUUUUUCAGCCCAACAAAGGCUCACAGUAGUGACGUUUCAACAGCUCCUGGAGCGGCAGCUCCAUGCACUUUGCCCGGUGUGGGCAGUAGCAUAUUAUGUGGACAAAACCAAAAGUUGGAGGCAGCCUGAGCAGGUUUUUAUCUGUUAAGUCUCACGGGAAAGCUCUGUGUAAGAGGCUAUCAAGAUGGAAGACAGAUAGGGUUCAGACUGCAUAUAAACGAGCCAACUUGCACCCUCCAUAGAAGCUCACUGCCCAUUCUACCAGGGGCAUAGCAACUUUGUGGGCUUUAUUCCAGGGCCCAACUGUCAGAGACAUUUGUGAUGCAGCGUUGUGGGCUACGCCCCACACUUUUACAUGGUUCUGUUGACUGAAUGUCGUGGAUCCACAAAACCCAGGGUUUGGAACAAGAGUGUUAAGGGCGGCCUCAAGCUCAACCCUUACAGCAUAAAACUGGAGGUGAGUUCAUCCAUUGCGUCACGGGCACUAUGUGCAGCUUUGGAAUCUAUUCAGGUUAGACGGUAAUCAAAGGAUUAAUACCCAUGAGGUAAUGGUUACAUUUCUAUUUCAGGGAACCAGGGUUAUGAUAAUAAUCUAAUGUUUUUAAACCUAAAAGUGCUUUAUUGGCUUGAUAAUGACAGUUCAACUCUGGACCUGCUCGGUUGAGAAUGUGAAGUUCGAAAAAUAUAGUUCAAACUGAUUUGAUUGUAUUUUAAUCCUCCUGAUCUAC